AUGUCGACAUUUUGGUGGCCAGGCAUGGAAACUGAAGUGAAGAAUAAGUACGUCACAGCCUGCAUGCAGUGCAAGCGAGCAAAGUUACACGGAGGAAAACAAGAUUACGGCCAUCUUCCACCAACGCCAAUGACGAACGAUGAUCGUCAUUUCGACGUGGUGCAUGUGGACCUCAUCGGUCCUCUUGAAGGAGAUUACUACUGUCUCACUGCCAUCGAGCGCCAAUUCCGUUGGCUAGAAGUUAUGAUGCAGCACGGCCGCACAUCAGCUACGACGGCACUUAGCUUCGAGACCGAAGUUUACGGGUGA